AUGGCCCUGCUUCGAGCAGCUAUCGCCAUGCGGACGGCCUCGAUGCUGCCGCGAAGCCUGACGCAGGCCAGCACGCACUCCUUCCCAUUUGUUCCGGUGGAUUGGGUCUUCCGCUUCUUCCCAUACUUCAGUCGCGAUAAGGUUCGCUUUAUGCUGCGGUACGUUCAGAUCUCUUUCUUCUCUGGUCUCGGCUACUUCUACCUCUGGUGCCACACACCCUACAAGUGCGACAAUUACGACCACUUCGAAGAGAGUUUGCUGUUCCAAUUUGUGAAAAGUCGCCUGGAGAAGUCGGGCCAGCUCGAGGAAAACUUGCGCGUCAAAGUUCAUCAUUUCUAUCCGCAGACGGAGUCCGAGUGA